UACCUUAGCCUAUAGGUGGCGCUAUACAGGCUCGCAGCCGAGUAGUGUAAACAAAUCAAAACACGCGAAAUUCUUCACUUUUCUGUUAAUAUCAAACAUUUUGGAAGAAUGUGUUAUCAGCUUCCAUAUCAGUGACAAGUCAAUAGUCCAUCCCAGAUGGCUAUGACGGACAUUGAACAGACAGUCGGUGAACUGCUCUCUGGCCAGCCACCUAACUUGCCCGUGUCCAAGUAUGACAUCAUGCGGAAGAAGGCUGGUGAAAGUCGGCCGGCGAUUAUGAACGAGAACCUGACCAUCAUAGUAGCCGCGGUGAUCUUCAACGAUAAUGGGCAGGUGGUGAUGGUGCAAGAGGCGAAACCAGGCUGCCGGAGAAAAUGGUACUUACCAGCAGGCCGCGUAAACCCCAAUGAAACGCUAGAGGAAGCAGUAAAAAGGGAGGUCUUGGAAGAAUCUGGUUUAAUGUUUAAACCAACUACAAUAAUCUAUAUUGAUACGUCUUUGAUAUGGGGCUAUUGGGUUCGAGUAACAUACACAGGCUAUAUCACAGGUGGUCAUAUGAAAACAUUAGCAGAAGCAGAUGAGGAGUCGUUACAAGCGAAAUGGUGCAGCCUAGAGGAAAUCAAAUCACAUGAAAUGUUCACAUUAAGGGGAGAAGACAUUGUGCCCAUUAUCUCCACCGCUUUUCAAUUUUUCAACAAUUCACCUGCCACUAGACAUGCACCUAUCCUGCCUACUCAACAUCCACAUAAGCAUAUGUGUAUGAGGAUAGUAUUGAUCAAACAAAGACAGAAUAACUUAGAAGUACUUGUCUGUACAGAAGAUGUCCCACAUUUGCCUGUCAUCAAAGACUCUGUAAUGUACAAUGAUUCAAUCUGGAGGCUUGACAAGGAUGCAUUCAAAUCUAGUAACAUUUACCUUUCCUGUGGUGUAAUUGCCGUUGAGCACUGCGGACGACCACAUGGUGUGGCUGAUGGCGUGUGCAUCAACUUUCUUGUGACUACGGACACCAAUCGUGAGCUUGUUAACAAGAAGUACUCGUGGUUCCCAAUUUGUAACCCGGAGCUGGAUAUGCUUUUGAGACAAAGACUUUGUAAGACCAUGAACGUACCGUAUGUCUGUCAUUCGUGAGGGCGCUGUUCAAGUCUAGUAACGUACAUGUCUUCGGCUGAGAGAUGCUUGUUAUAUUCUGGGCGGUGUACAAUGUGUAAUUGUGCAAUUAUGUUUUUUAAUUUUCAUUGGAUCGUUUUCAGGAUUUCAAGGUUAAAGGUGCCAUCAGUAUAUGUGAAACUUAUAAAGAUGAUACACACAUGCUCAUUUAAUCUGUGCACAAGUUAAAAUGAUGCAUAUGGUCAUGGUGAGUCCAAUAUCAUCCUUUUAAACCUGAUGAAAAUAUUAACAACCUGAGCUGUAAAUGCUGUGGUUGGCUGAUGCCUUGCAUAGCCUCAAGAGAUAUGGACAUGUGUAACUGUGAAUAUAUAAUAAGCUGUGGAAUACAGUACCAUUAUAAGAUGAAAUAAUGUCUUUAUUAACAAAAAAUAACUGGUAAUUAAUGUUAAUUCAAUGCCAAUACUAAUUGAAUGUAAAGAGGAAUCCUCAGUUAAUAUAGUCACUUGGUUUAAUGAUUACCUUAAAAGUUCACUGAACUAUUUAAAUACCAAAAUAGUCGCUGAUGUUGUCUUAUUAUGAUAUCCAAGGGCCAACUCAGACAGUGUUGUACUACGGAAUCCGACGUCGAGUCUGUGCGAGUUAAACACAGAUGCGAUAGGUCUGCAUCAAAGAAAUAUAGUAAUGAACUAUAAUGUAACAGGAAUACUCAAUAUAAAGACCAAAAUAGGAAAAAAACAUGUGGGACAGGGAAUAUGUUUGGUAUGAAAAUAUUUUUCAAUUAGUUUGUGUAACUGUAAGUAAGGCAAACUUUCACUUAUUAAUAUUAAUAGAACAUUACACUUAAAUACAGUACAGUAUGAGGCUGGAGUGAUUUUCCAUAGAAUACCUGUUAUAUGUGUGAUGAACAGGGUUUAACUUGAAGAUGAGGGUUUAGAUUGUCUAGUACUGUAGUCUUAGGGUAGAAAAUGCUGAGCUAUAUAGAACGAAUACAUUAGAUUUUCAGGUAAAUUUGUGAGCAAGUAAAACCAUUGUUUGCUGUUGAAGAGACCCACCUCUGAUGGAUUCUGGAUUUCGUAAGCAAGAGUCACAAUAUAUUUCCUAGUUACUCUGGGUGAACUAUUACUCUUUGUAGCUUGAGUAGGCAUAGUAGUAUCUAAGAUGUCUUAUUGUUGUGUUAUUGACAUGCUUUGCUGUAAAACGAAUGCGGAUUGAUGAUGUUGUAUGAGAAAGUUGAUCACAAGUGACCUUUCCGCAAUGUCUAUCCAAACUAA